CCUCCUCUCCUCUUCUUCCUUGUCUUUGUAGCACCCAGCCUACCCGACGAUUCACCUCUCCUCUCUUCCCCGUUCUCUUCGCACCUAAUCUACCCCAAGACUUCUUUUCUUUCUUUCGCUGCAUUGUUCACACUUAUUACACCCGAAGAUUAACUUUCUUCCUGCGAGCAUAUACUGACGCAUCUAGACACUACUCCUAAGGGCGAUGGUUUUCGUAAGCCUAUGACUACGGGCUGGGAGGGAGUUAGCAAGGAGAAGCUGUCCUCAAAGUACCACGCUACUGUCGAAGACGACUUCGAGGACGAUUACAGUGUCAAGAAUGUGGGUUCUAUGAAGGACAAGUCUGCUAUUAUGGAGGAAGUUCUACCAGACGAAUUUAUCCCCAAGGAGAGUACUAGCAUUAAGACCAAGACCACGGGCGACAACAAGUCUGGCGUUGCAUUCCGCUUUGAGGACUUCGAGGAUGAUCUCUCUGUCAAGCCUUUCUACAACUAUGGCCUUAAGCGAUCCAGAACCCCAUUCCCGGAGAGAGCCUGCCGUUGGGUUCCGAUUCCUGUUGAAUGUUCGGAGGAGGUCCGGGCCAGAUUCCCACCAAAGAAGGGUACUAAGGCAAAGUCCCUGACGGAGGCGGAGAUCCGAGCCACAAUGAUGAGUGACGAAGACGUCGCCAAUCUCCGACGAAAGCUGGUCAAUGACCCACCACCAAUGUCUCUCCCGGAGGCCAAGAAGAAGCAGAUCCGCAAGGACUGCAUCACAUUCAUCCGAGGACGCACAACCAGCCGCCUGGCUGCUCGUGCUGCUGCCGAAGAGAUGAACAAGCAGUAGUGUUCGGCGGGUGCGUGGGAAUUGGGUGGCGUUGGGCUGCUUUUUUUGUGUUUGUACAAUCUGCG